GGAGGGGUGAGGUGGCCAGCCGCUGAUCCACCGGUAUCAUGGCUUCCUAACAGGAGGGGGAAGUGAUUGAGAGCAAAACAAGGAUCUUUGUUGAAUGCCCGACAUAUAAUCGCCCUUUCCCGAACCUGAGCUUGGGACAGAGGGGCUGGGCCUCCCUUUUCGCCCCCCACGGCCGCUCCUGGGAUCCAGGACAUACUUUAAUUUUAUUUGUGAAUUUCCAUUCGUAAACCGUGGAAGAUGGCCGACCCGGCGGAGUGCACCAUCAAAGUGAUGUGCCGUUUUAGGCCCCUGAACAGCUCAGAGGUGACCAGAGGCGACAAAUACAUACCCAAGUUUCAAGGGGAAGAGACCGUUGUAAUCGGGGGCAAACCGUACAUGUUCGACAGAGUGUUUCAGUCAAAUACAACACAGGAACAAGUAUACAAUGCCUGCGCCCAGAAGAUUGUUAAAGAUGUCCUGGAUGGAUACAAUGGAACAAUCUUUGCAUACGGGCAGACAUCAUCUGGCAAAACGCACACCAUGGAGGGGAAUCUCCAUGACACAGAUGCAAUGGGUAUCAUCCCCAGGAUAGUGCAAGAUAUCUUCAACUACAUCUAUUCCAUGGAUGAAAACCUGGAGUUUCAUAUUAAAGUUUCAUAUUUUGAAAUUUACUUAGACAAGAUCCGGGACCUUUUGGAUGUGUCCAAGACCAAUCUGUCAGUGCAUGAAGACAAAAACAGAGUACCCUACGUCAAGGGCUGCACUGAGAGAUUUGUCUGCAGCCCAGAGGAGGUCAUGGAUACAAUUGAUGAAGGCAAAUCAAACAGACAUGUAGCCGUUACAAACAUGAACGAGCACAGCUCCAGGAGUCACAGUAUUUUCCUGAUAAACGUCAAACAGGAGAACACCCAGACAGAGCAGAAGCUCAGCGGCAAACUUUACCUGGUGGAUCUGGCUGGCAGUGAAAAGGUCAGUAAAACAGGAGCAGAGGGAGCUGUGCUGGAUGAAGCCAAAAACAUCAACAAGUCUCUGUCGUCUCUGGGAAAUGUCAUCUCUGCUCUGGCUGAAGGAACGGCCUACAUCCCUUACCGAGACAGCAAGAUGACCCGUAUCCUGCAGGACUCACUAGGUGGUAAUUGUCGAACCACUAUAGUGAUCUGCUGCUCGCCUUCCUCCUACAAUGAGGCUGAAACCAAAUCCACCCUCAUGUUCGGACAAAGAGCAAAGACCAUCAAGAACACUGUCGUUGUGAACAUCGAGCUGACGGCAGAGCAAUGGAAGCAGAAGUAUGAGCGGGAGAAGGAGAAGAAUAAGACCCUGAGGAACACCGUCACCUGGCUGGAGAACGAGCUCAACCGCUGGAGGAAUGGUGAGAGCGUGCCAGUGGAGGAGCAGUUUGACAAGGAGAAGGCCAACGCCGAGGUGCAGGCCCUGGACAACAUACUGAACGACAAGCCGGCCUCCACGCCAAACGUGCCGGGUGUUCGCCUCACCGACGUGGAGAAGGACAAGUGUGAGGCUGAGCUGGCCAAGCUUUACAAACAGCUGGAUGAUAAGGAUGAGGAAAUCAAUCAGCAGAGCCAGCUGGCUGAGAAGCUGAAGCAGCAGAUGCUGGACCAGGAUGAGCUUCUAGCCUCUUCCCGCCGCGAUCAUGAGAACCUCCAGGCAGAGCUGAACCGCCUGCAGGCAGAGAACGAGGCCUCCAAGGACGAAGUGAAGGAGGUGCUACAGGCUCUGGAGGAGCUGGCCGUCAACUAUGACCAAAAGAGCCAGGAGGUGGAGGAUAAAACCAAGGAGUUUGAGGCCAUUAGCGAGGAGCUUAGCCAGAAAUCGUCCAUCCUGUCGUCUCUGGACUCUGAGCUGCAGAAGCUGAAGGAGAUGUCCAACCAUCAGAAGAAGAGGGUGACCGAGAUGAUGUCUUCUCUGCUCAAAGACCUGGCUGAGAUUGGCAUCGCUGUGGGCAGUAAUGACAUCAAGCAACAUGAGGGUGGCAGUGGCAUGAUAGAUGAGGAGUUCACAGUGGCCCGUCUCUACAUCAGUAAGAUGAAGUCAGAAGUGAAGACAAUGGUGAAACGCUGCAAGCAGCUGGAGAGCAGCCAGUCAGAGAGCAACAAGAAAAUGGACGAAAAUGAGAAUGAGUUGGCUGCCUGCCAGCUGCGCAUCUCCCAGCAUGAGGCUAAAAUCAAGUCCCUGACUGAGUACCUGCACAACGUGGAGCAGAAGAAGAGGCAGCUGGAGGAGAACGUGGACUCUCUCAAUGAGGAACUUGUCAAGCUCAGCGCUCAGGAGAAAGUCCAUGCUAUGGAGAAAGAGAAUGAGAUCCAGACUGCCAAUGAAGUCAAGGAAGCAGUGGAGAAGCAGAUUCACUCCCACCGUGAAGCUCAUCAGAAGCAGAUCAGCAGCCUGAGAGAUGAGCUGGACAACAAGGAGAAACUCAUCACUGAGCUGCAGGAUCUGAACCAGAAGAUCAUGCUGGAGCAGGAGAGGCUCAGAGUGGAGCACGAGAAACUCAAAUCCACCGACCAGGAGAAGAGCCGCAAGCUGCACGAGCUUACGGUGAUGCAGGACAGAAGGGAGCAGGCCAGACAGGACCUGAAGGGUCUGGAGGAGACAGUGGCCAAGGAGCUGCAGACCCUGCACAACUUGAGGAAGCUCUUUGUCCAGGACUUGGCUACCAGAGUGAAAAAGAGUGCUGAAAUGGACUCAGAUGACACAGGUGGCAGCGCAGCACAGAAACAGAAAAUCUCCUUUCUUGAGAACAAUCUUGAGCAGCUCACCAAAGUUCACAAACAGCUGGUACGUGAUAAUGCAGACCUGCGCUGUGAGCUUCCUAAACUGGAAAAGCGUCUUCGUGCUACGGCUGAGCGGGUCAAGGCCCUGGAGUCUGCUCUGAAGGAGGCCAAGGAGAACGCCGCCCGCGACCGCAAGCGCUACCAGCAGGAGGUGGACCGCAUCAAGGAGGCCGUCAGAGCCAAGAACAUGGCCAGGAGGGGACAUUCGGCUCAGAUCGCCAAGCCUAUCCGGCCCGGGCAGCAGCCAGUGGCGUCUCCCACCCACCCCAACAUCAACCGCAGCGGGGGAGGCUUCUACCAGAACAGUCAGACCGUGGCCAUCAGGGGAGGAGGCAGCGGCAAACCAGACAAGAACUGAAUAUAAGCGGGCUAGAGACGACCCCACUGAAGAAGCCGAUAUCACCCCCCACCCACCCCCCGCCCACCCCGACAACCUGUCAUUCCAUUACAGUGAACAGGCUCCCCGUCGCUGCUUUGGAGCCACGAGGGAGUUUCUGAAAUAUAAAUAUAUAUAUAAAUAUUCCUGGCCUGUACAGCUCCAACCCCCACACCUCCACCCACUCCCCCCAGUUCUCAUCAUGACUUAUAUCUUUUUCUCUUAACUGGAUAUAAUUAAAAAAAAGACAACCAAUUUGAUUUACAAAAAUCAAGAUAAUAUUCUUACCCACCGAACCAAACACAGUCUUGAGCGCAGCCUCGACGAGCGAAACCGCGCGCACCUCAAAUGUGUAGCUUCGGUUUAUGUUUUGCACAGUCUGUCGUCAUCAGUCGUUGUCGUGCGAGUAGUUCUGCACUGUGCCAAGCUGAAUGUAAGGGGUAGCAAGAUCUGAAAAAAUAAAAACAAACAAAUAAAAACACAACCUAAAAAUAAAAAAAAAGGAGACCCUACCACAAGAAAUAGCUUGAUCCUGUAGGCUAACCUCUGUACAUUUCAUCAUUACUAUUAUUGGUUGUUAACCACACUUUUCUCUGGAUAGAUUUUACAUGCUUCUUUAAGGAAAAAAAACUACAAAAAAAACUGUACGGUUUUGAAUUGACUAGAUGGCGUUGAGCACUACUGUUCUGUCCGGUCUUGUACAGAUGUAAAACUGGCACUACUGCACACGCUUCCCUGGACAGAGAGAGGGAGAGAGAGAGAGAGAGAGAGAGAGAGCUGUAUGGAAAUAGGGGAACGGCUAAAAAGAAGGAUUAAAAAAAUGCAUAGCCAAGACGUGCAACGGUGUACUGUAAGAUGUAUUUAACUAAAUACCUGUGGAGGCCAAUUGUUUUUAUCAUUAAGUUAAAAUAAAACCUAUACUCGUUAUUGGUGACUUCAUGAGAAGGAUGUGAAGAAUGUAGAAAGGAAGGAAGAGAAUGAUCCGGUUAACACAACAAACUUCCACCUUUUAGCAUAGCCCAUGCUAAGUAGCUAAAUGUACUGUUUUUACUUCUCUCAGUGGUUAAUAAUGCUGUGUUUAUGGACGCUAUUUAUAUCUCUCUGCACAUUGGAGCACAUAGACUGCCGGCGUAUAGGCUGAGGCCGCACACACAGCGCUUGUCCUGUCCUAGCUGGGUCGCUGUCACUCACUCAUCUCCAGGACCGUUUUUUUUGUUUUGUUCUGUUUGAUCCCUGUCCGUAUCAUGAUUUCUUUUCAAGGGUGCCUCGCUUCAAUAAUAUAUAUAUUUUUUAUGUCUUCCCUCACGCCCUUUUAGUUGGUUCUCAUAGAUUUAGGACCUGUAACUGUAUGUGCCCCCUUGGUUGUAAAUUUGCAGGAAGCAAUAUGUUUUGCUGGGUUCUAUGUACUAUACCUCUUUCACUGCUCCGUAGAUCACAUAGAUGCAUAUUUGAAGGGGAACGGCGGGCGGCGGUGUAAAGUUGAUGGGUCAGACCCUUGCUGCUGAUCAGCAAGUCAGGAGAGCAGGGUCUAAAGUUGCCCAACAACCUUCUGUCAUCAUCUGCAGGAAGUGUUCAUUUAACUUAAUCUAGCCAGGGGGUGUAGAAUUUACUUUGUUUUGUUGUCUUUGUGGUAUUUUUUUUGUGUCAUUUCAUGAUUUUCUUUUCUUUUUUCACUGUAAUUCCCACCACAGCUUGUUUUUUGUUUUGUUUUUAAUUAGUUUUAACCCUGUGAUGAAGCCCCAGUGCAUUGGCAAAGAGCUUGGAGUGGCUGUAACCCCAGCAUGAGAACACUAACAUCUUUUGCAAGUGCAAUAUACUGUAGAAUACACUGUCUGUCAGGUGCAAUCAAGCGGUGCUUGCAGCAGUAAUCAUGCCACACAGAGUCAAAGUCUUGCCUCUCUUCAUUGUCAGCUUGUGAUCCGCUAACUUUUGGUUCUCACUGUAUUUUGUCAAUGAGGGCUUCUUUCGCUGUCCUUUCUGAAAAGCUGGAACAUGAUACAGGAGUUUUUCUGGACCAUAUUCUAAAAGAAAGAGUAUCUGCUACUGUACUGGACAGUAAAAUCGCUGUCGACGACGAGAUGGGCGGGCUUUACUGUCCAGCGCAGUAGUAGAUUUUCAACUCAGUUUCAGCUUUUUAGAAAUACAGAUCAAAGGAACUUUGCAAAGUACAUUUUUGUCUGAGACUAGUGGAACAGAUUGAGCUGGUAAAAGGGGUAUAGGAUUUUGUCUUUUUCUCGUCAGAUGUCAUACUAAAACCUGUUAUCUUGUAACAGGAUCAUUGGGUUUAAAAGCACUUCUUCAAAAUACCUUCACUCAGAAAAACACUCCAUAUGUGGCUGUUUGACUUGGGGGGGAGGGGGUCCAAAACUCUGUAAAUUGAACUGAAAGCAAGUAGUAUUAAGUACUUUCUACAGUCUGCAGGGAGGAGUAGCUCCCCGGUAUUUAUGACAGGACAGUGUUUGGUGUCUAUCGAGAUGGUUUAUUCCCUCUGUGUAAUCUUCUAGAUUAGUUAAGACUUUGCAGCAUGGACCUCAAAAUGUUUAUCCUUUGACCUUGCACCAAAACUGGAUAUGAAAUGGGGGAAAAAAGUUAAUAAAAAACAGCAAAGAAUAUUUGUGUUGUUGACCUAAAUUGAAUUUUGCAUUCAUUCUAAAUUUAAAAAAAACAAAGUGUAGCCACUUUUUUUAUUACUGUGUAAUAGUUGGUCAAUUUUUAAAUGGACAGUUUUGAGGAUCCAUCAGUGGACAAGGUACUGGAUCAUUCCUGGAGAACUGGGGCACAAAUAGCAGGGCUCUGAUAUGGACAGAGAUGGGAAGUUCAUGAGAUCACAGUUUUGGAUUGAUUGCAUGAUGUAAAUGUAUGUGUGAUUAAAUACUUAUGAGAAAACA